CUAAUUUCUGAAAUUCUUUGUCAUUCUCGACAAAGAAAUAUAACCUAACUGCCGCCAAAAUUGGGUGAAGAAGCUCAAGAGACUUGGUGCAAUAGAAUUGUAUAUAAUCUACCAUCAAGUGUGCAACACAACGCUAUCAAAGGAAGCGCAAUACCAUGAUUAUUGAGCAAUGAUGGUGAAACCGAGUGAAUCCGUGGGAUGACAUAAAAUAGAAUGCGCGGAGCCUGUAAGCACAAAAAAACGUGAAAUCGUGAACCGUCGAUCCUCAAAGAGAUGAAAUUGCGAACACAUCAACUAGAGAAAGAAAGCUCCUUGAGUAACUCAUCUGAGCAUGGUGGCGGAUCCACUGAAGUUUCACAAUUAUGUCGAUCUGAGGACGACGGACUUCUUAAUAAUCCACAGAAAGCUAGCGACAUCAAGGAGGUGGGCUUUCCCAUCUCACAGAAGGGGAUUGACUUGACUCAAAGUUUUGAAACUGAUCAGGUAUUUGACUCAAGAGAUGCAAUGUUUGAAUGGUGCCAAGAGGUUGCUAAAAAGAAGAAUACAAGACUUAUUAUUAGAAAGUCACAGAAAAAACCAGCAGGAAAGGGUAGCUUCAUUGUGGUUGUAUGUGAAAGAAGUGGUGUUUACCAGUCUCAUAGUAACAAGAUUGACACUCUGGGGACUGAACCUCAGAAAAGAGGAAGCAAAAAGUGUGGUUGUCCGUUUACAUUGAGGGGCGCAUGCCUGCUUGAGAAUAAAUGGAAACUUCGUGUAAAUUGUGGACGCCAUAAUCACGAGGUUGAAAGCAAUCCGGUUUCGUUUAAUCGGUGGAAACAAGUUGAGGAGCAGCUUUUACUUGAUUUGACUGCAAAGGGUGCCCCUCCUCAACAGGUACUUCAAGCAUUGAAGGAGAAGCACAAAAAUAAUGAUGUAAACCUCAGGACCAUAUACAACAAGAGGUCGAAAUUAAAACAGAAAGAGGUGGAAAGUAAGUCCGUGAUGCAGCAGGAUGCUGGACCAGUUAAUCAUCCACAUAAAGAUAGCAACGUGAUGGAGGAAAACACACCGGCCUUGAGCGUAAGGAUCGAUGUGGCCCAGUGCUUUCAGACUAAUGCAGGACCAGUUAAUCAUCCACAGAAACAAAGCAUUUUGAUGGAGGAAGACACUUUGAUCUCGAAGGCGGGGAUCGAUAUGACCCAAUGUUUUCAGAACGAUCAGGGUAAAGGACUAAAAAAUAGCAAUAUGAUGGAGGGAGAUGCUCCGAUCUCGAAGGAGGGCGUCGAGGAUGAAAUACCAGUUAGUGAUCCACCAAAAGAUGGGAAUAUGAUGGAGGCCGACUCUUCAAUCUCUAAGAAGGGAAUGGAUGUGACUCAAUUUUUUCAGACCGAUCAGCUAUUUGACUCACGAGAUGCAGCAUUUGAAUGGUGCCAAGAGGUUGCUGACAAGAACAAAACAAGAGUUAUAAUUGGAAAGUCAGAGACGAAACCAGCAGGAAAGGGUAGCUUUGUUCUGUUUGUUUGUGACCGAAGUGGUGUUUACAGGUACACUAGUUGCACACCAGAUACCAGAAAACGUCAGAGAAGAGAAAGCAAGAAGUGUGAUUGCCCUUUUAAAGUGAGAGGUACUUGUCUUCCUGAAAAUAAAUGGAGACUUCGGGUUCUUUGUGGAAGACAUAAUCACGAAGCUGAAAACACAUCAGUUCCACUAUUUAAUCGGGAUGAGGAGCAGCUAGGGGUUAAAUUGACUGCAAGUGGUGAUCGUCCCCAACAGGUACUUGAGGCAUUGAAGGAGAAGAACAAAGAAUGUCUUGCGAGUACCAGUGGAAGUGCCAUAUACAACACAAGGUCAAAAUUAAAACUGAAAGAGGUGGCGAGGAAGUCAGUGGCGCAGGAGGAUGCUGGAUCAGUUAAUCAUCCACAUAAAGAUAGCAAUGUGAUGGAGGAAAACACUCCAGCCUCAAAUGAAAGGAUUAAUGUGGCACGGUGCUUUCAGACUGAUGCAGGACCAGUUAGUCAUCUACAGAAAGAAAGCAUUUUGAUGGAGGAAGACACUCUGAUCUCGAAGGUAGGGAUCGAUGUGACCCAAUGUUUCCAGACCUAUCAGGGUGAAGGACCAGUUAAGGAUCCACUAAAUGGUAGCAAUAUGAUGGAGGAAGACGUUCCGACCUCGAAGGAAGGGAUGGAGAUAACCCAUUUUUAUCAGACCGAUCAGAAUAAAAUAUCACCAGAAGAUGUCAAUAUGAUGGAGGAUGAUGCUCCAAUCUGGAGGGAGGGGAUGGACGUGACUCAGUUUUUUCAGACCGAUCAGCUAUUUGACUCACGAGAUGCAGCAUUUGAAUGGUGCCAAGAGGUUGCUAGAGAGAACAAUACAAGAAUCAUUAUUAGAAAGUCAGAGACGAAACCAGAAGGAAAGGGUAGCUUUGUUCUGUUUGCUUGUAACCGAAGUGGUGUUUACAGGUACACUAGUUGCACACCGGAUGCUAGAAAACGUCAGAGAAGAGAAACCAAGAAGUGCGGUUGCCCUUUUAAAGUGAGAGGUACUUGUCUUCCUGAAAAUAAAUGGAGACUUCGGGUUCUUUGUGGCAGACAUAAUCACGAAGCUGAAAACAUACCACUUCCACUAUUUAAUCGGGAUGUGGAUCAGCUAGUGGUUAAAUUGACUGCAAGCGGUGCUCGCCCUCGACAAGUAGUUGAGGCAUUGAAGCAGAAGAACAAAGAUUGUCUUGUGAGUGCCAAAGACAUAUACAACAGGAGGUCGAGUUUAAAACGGCACGUGGCAGAAAAAAUGUCAGUGAUGGAACAAGUGAUGAAGUUGUCAACCCAAUACCAUUACAUGGUAUGGUACAGGAAGGAUGAAGAGACGAAUGAGCUCAAGGAUAUAGUAUGGGCUCACCCAGAGUCCACAUUGUUGGCAAAAUGUUUUCCUUCUAUGCUAAUGAUAGAUUGCACCUACAAGACCAAUAGGUUUAAGGUUCCAUUCUUUCAUGUAGCUGGGAUAUCUUCUCUAGGAACACCCUUCACAGUGGCAUAUGCCUUCAUAGAGGAGGAGACCAAAGAGCACUUUAGUUGGGCAUUGACGCAGUUAAAAUCCUUGUUUUUUCCCCAUAGUUUACCAUCUGUUUGUGUGAUGAAUGGAGAUCAUCCAUUAAUAAAUGCAGUUCGUAGUGUAUUUCCUGAAGCCAAGAGGUUGCUCUGCACGUUACAUAUAGGAGAAUGCGUUGUAACUAAUUGCAGGAAAGCGAUUUCAGAUGACAAAGAGUGGGACGACUUUCAUCGUGAUUGGGAAUGUGUUUUGAAAUCAGAGACGAAGGAAGAUUUUGCGGAUACUUAUACUGAGUUUGUAACUACUUGGGUGACGAGGUACCCCACAUGCAUUAAAUACAUACGUGAUACAUGGAUAGUGCACAAGGAGAGCUUUAUUUUGUGUUGGACUCGGAAGAUUAAGCACUUCGGUUACAAAGAAGUUUCCACGGAUGAAAGUGAGCAUGAACAGUUGCGGAAGCAUAUGGAGUCUUCGACGAGCACGACUGGUUUUUUCCGUUGCUGGGAGGCAAUGCACAGCAUUGUGAAAGACCAGAUUAAUCAGAUUAGUGCCUCCAAUGAGAAAAGCUUAACUUAUAUUAAUCGUAAACACCAGAUACCUGCUUUCGGAGAGUUGAAGAACCAUGUCUCUCAGCAUGCGCUGGACCUUAUACUACUUGAACUCGAACAAUUAGCAGUUGUAGAGUCGCAGAAAGAUAUCCCUCAGCGUGCAUUGAAGCUUAGACAACCAGAGUGUAACCAAUCAGUAGACACAAGCACUGGCAUAAUUUCUUGUUGGUGUCUGAUCUCUUAUAUGCAUGGUCUUCCAUGUGCGCAUGAAGUACAUAACUACAUCCAGGAUGGUAGGCCUAUUCCUCUUUCUGCAAUUGAUCAGCAAUGGAAGCAACUCUCUGUAGUACUCAGUCUGAAUGAUAAUCUGGAUUUUAUUUGCCUACCCGAGGUACAACUUCUACAAGAAAGAUGGAUGGAAGCAUCAGAAUCCGACCGAUCCUUACUGCAGGAGCAGAUGAAAGAGGUUGCGUCGUCUUGUGACUUGGCUAGCUAGAUUAGACAGGGAUGAAAAAUCUGGUUUGAUGCAUUUGGCAGCAUGUAACCUCUUAGAAGCGAAGUUUGUACAGGUCUGACCGGAAGAAUGCCAUCCAUAUAUAUAUAUAUAUAUAUAUAUAAUGGUGUCUUUGUUCAUUUGUCGGCAGUGAGUGUCGGUGGUCAUAUUUUCUAGUGCUUGUCAUCUCUAAAGGUUAACCUGAGACGUAAUGCUGAAUUCGUAAGAGGGUUUCGGUGAUUCUUAGACACUGCUUCAUAAAAUAACCAGCCAUGUGAUUGUUGUGGCCUUAAGAAAAUCCUGAAAAUACCCGAUGAGGAAGAGUCAUGAUGGAGUUACUGUUGAGUUCUUA